AUGAGUACGGCCAAGCUGAGCUACCAGGACCAAGAAUACGAGCUUCCGGUUGUCGAAGGCACCGAGAACGAGCUCGGCAUCGACAUCACCCACCUGCGCAAGCAGUCGAAGCUGAUCACCCUCGAUCAGGGUUACGGCAACACCGGCAGUUGCCAAAGCAGCAUCACCUACAUCGACGGCGAGAACGGCAUCCUGCGUUACCGCGGCUAUCCGAUCGAGCAGGUGGCGGAGAACGCUAGCUAUGUCGAGGUCUGCUACCUGCUGAUCAACGGCGAAUUGCCGACUGCCGAGCAGUUGGAGACCUUCAAGCAGAAGCUCACCUACCACUCGAUGCUGCACGAGGACAUGAAGAAGUUCUUCGAAGGGUAUCCGCCGACCGCCCACCCGAUGGCAAUCCUCUCGUCGAUGGUGGUGUCGAUGUCGACCUACUAUCCGAAGGCUGAUUCCAAUAUCGACCUCAACAUCAUCCGGUUGCUGGCCAAGGCCUCGACGAUCGCGGCGUUCUCUUACAAGAAGUCGAUCGGCCAGCCGUUCAUGUACCCGCAGAAUCACCUCAGCUACACCGGCAAUUUCCUGCAGAUGAUGUUCGCCGUACCGGCCGAGCCUUUCAAACUCAACCCAGUGCUUGAUCGGGCGCUCAACCUAUUGUUGAUCCUGCACGCUGAUCACGAGCAGAAUUGCAGCACCUCGACGGUUCGGAUGGUGGGCUCGAGCCAGGCCAAUCUCUAUGCUUCGACCGCCGCUGGUGUUUGUGCGCUGUGGGGACCACUCCACGGCGGUGCCAAUCAGAAGGUGAUGGAGAUGCUGCAGAUGAUCGCCGAUGACGGCGGCAACUACCGCAAGUACGUCGACAUGGCGAAGGACAAGAAAUCGGGCUUCCGCCUGAUGGGCUUUGGUCACCGGGUUUACAAGAACUUCGAUCCGCGGGCCAAGAUCCUCAAGGCCGCUGCCGACGAAGUGCUCGAAGACCUCGGGAUCAACGACCCACUGCUCGCGGUGGCCAAGAAGCUCGAAGAAGUAGCGCUCAACGACGAGUUUUUUAUCAAGCGCCGGCUCUACCCCAACGUCGACUUCUACAGCGGCAUCAUCUAUAGCGCCAUGGGCAUCCCGACCAACAUGUUCACGGUCAUGUUCGCCCUCGGCCGGCUGCCGGGUUGGAUUGCCCACUGGAUGGAGAUGCGCGACGACCCCAAAGGCAAGAUCAACCGUCCGCGGCAGAUCUACGUUGGCUCCGGCGAACGUGAAUACGUACCGAUCGCCCAGCGCUAA